AUGGCAGACGGAAUCACGAUUUUGGUUGGCACCGCCGGACAGGGCGUAAUGCGCAGCGUUGACAGCGGCCAAUCCUGGCGACGGGUGGGCAUAACCCAGGGCAUCCACUCGGAUGCGGUGGUGCGAUGUUUGACGCCGGUGCCCGGCAGCGACAGCGCGGUUCUCGCCGGCUGCGACCGUGGCAUCAUCCGCAGCGACGAUAACGGGGACUCCUGGCAUCGCGUUAACACCAUUAUGAACGACACAGCGGUUUGGGCCAUCGCGUUCGACCCGUCCAACCCGCAGGUGGGAUUCGCCGGCACCGGCACUCCGAAUCCUUGCCGCAUCUACCGCACCCGCGACGGCGGUCAAAGCUGGGAGUUGCGCCCGGUGGAAGUUGCCGCGGAGUGCCCGGCGGUGGGCGUCCCGCGCGUUACCGGCAUUGCCAUUGACCCCACCAACGGCAACAGCGUGUGGGUUGGCAUUGAAGUGGAUGGCCUGCGGCAUAGCGCCGACGGCGGCGACACCUGGGAAACCAUAGAUCAUCAUGCUAUCCCCAACAUGGACAUUCACAACGUUACCGUAACCGCCGGCCCGCCCCAUCGGGUGGUCGUUAUGGUCAACGACGACGUGUUUCUCAGCGACGACGAUGGCGGUUCGUGGCGCAACCUCGACGUGCGGCAGAACUUCCCGCUGGGCUACCCCCGCGGUAUCAAGGUCAAGGCCGACGACCCGCAGACCAUUUACACGACCUUCGGCGACACAACCCCCGGUUCCACCGGCGUGAUCAUGCGCUCGCAGGACUCGGGCGCCAACUGGGAAAGCCUGAAUCUGCCCGUCGAACCCAACACGGCUAUGUGGGUGGUAAACUCCCAGCGCCAAAACCCGGACUUCCUGCUGGCCGGCAGCCGGUACGGCUACCUGUACCAGUCGGACAACGCCGGCGCAUCGUGGACCAAACUCGACCGGGAGUUCAGCGAAAUCUCUUCGGUGGCCUGGUUCCCCAACUAA